AUGUCCAGCUUGUCUGACCUGUUAAAACAAAUUCAGUCAACACUCACUACUUCUACUCCCAGUCUUCAAGAAACGCUCAACUCGAUAGAUUCUUUCGCUUCUACGCUCUCCACGCAUUCCAAUCCACCCCUCGAGCGUGAUCGUCAUGAUCGCCUAUGCAACGAGCUGACAUCAAUUUACAAAAACAUUCACGAUUCAAACAAGAUAUUACCAUUCUUUCAAAUUCUGCAUGCUCUGCUUCCUAUUCUCACUCCCGACGUGAUAAUCACAAAAUGGUGGGAUAACGUUCUGAGUCCGAUAUUGCAAUCUCAAGGGCAUACCAAGGACAUUGUCGAAGAAACUAAAAAGAUUGUUAUCGAUUCUAUGACUGGAGAAGGAACGAAAGUGGGCAAAUUUGUAGAAUGCAUUACGGAGAGGUAUCUUGAGGAGAGUGCGAUGGAAGGCAAUGCUGUUGGGGAGGAGGAUAGCGGUGGAGAAAAAAGGGAAGAGAGUAGGAGAUUCUGGUUUAGAAAUCUUGAAAGUCUUUUGAGAGGAUUUGGGAGUGUUAGAACAAAGAACUUUUUCACACUUUUAAACAAAUACUUUUUGGAGAAAAAGACUCGCCUUCAAGUGUUGACACUUCUUGGAAUAUUUAUAAGACAGCAGGCUAUCAAUAUUCAUCAGAUUCUUGAAACGUCUUUGCUCGAAUCAAUUCUAACUUCUCUCCAGAUAGACUCCUCGACAACCCUUCUCUCUCUCUCUCUUACAACCCUAAUAAUGCUUAUGCCUCACAUUUCUACUUCCGUAGUAGAAAAUCUUCCUCAACUUUAUAGCGUAUUUGUGAGAAUACUUUGUUGGGAUAAACUGACUCGGCAUGUCGAUAUCGAUUUUGGGAAUGAUGAUGUCGAAGAUCAAAUUGAAAGGAUAAGUUAUAGAAUUGAUGAUGAUGAGGAAACCUUGAAUGCAGAAAGAAAUCGUGAUAACAUUGACUGGCAGAGGUUUGAUUCAAGUUUCGAUACUGCUCCUUCAACUCCACCGAAUUGUCUACCAUUAUUCACGUUUCUGUAUGGCAUGUUUCCAUGCAAUACCGUAAAGUUUCUACGAGAUCCCAGAAGAUGGUUUGCAGAAAUGAAUUACACGCCACUAUAUGAACAAAUUGAUGAAAACAUAAUUCGAUCGCGCAGUCUGCCACUUUUCCGUCGUCAUACAAUUCACCCGAAACUUAUUCUUAACGAUUGUGAACGCGAACUGUCCGAUACUUCUCGCUGGAAGAAACUAGAACCCGCCGAGGUAGUGGCCGAGUGCGUUAGCUAUGAUAUCGAAAACACGGGCGGAGAAGGAGACGGUAAUAAAGUGAGGAAAUUGUCGCAGGCGAUAUCGAUGCAGGAUAUUAUUGGAAUUCAUCAAGCUUUAAAGAGUGGUGCUGACAUUGUUGUUGGCGAUGAUCCAUGGUCAUCAACGAUCUUUGCUCCUCUUGUCCCACCCUAUGAACAAUCGUCGCUACCUCUUUCUCCUCCUUUGCGCCCAUCGACAAACACGCAAGCCAAAAUAUCCUUCCUGCAACGCGAAAUAAUGCUCCUCCGCAACGAACUCAACUUUGAACUCUAUCUCAAACAACAACAUCUUCAACACAUUGGUAGACUGCAUCACGAUCAUGUCGUUGACGCAAGCGUCGAAGCAGAACGACAGAACUUGCAUCGUACGUGCAAAAUGUUGAGGACUCAAAUAAAACAAACGCAAGAUGCAUUGGAUAAACAGAGAAGCGAGAUGCAAAGUUCAAGGAAGAAGCAAGUAGAGUGGGAGAAUGAACUGAAUGCAAGGAUAAAAAAAUUCAGGGAGGAGAGGAAGGAAUGGGAGAACAAGGUGAAAACUUGUCAAAAUCAGGUGGACGAUGCAAAGACUGCGAAUAAGCUAAUCAGGGAAGAGUUGGAUAAGGCGCGGGAUAGAGUUUUUAAGCUUGAGACUGAACAAGAAACUCGCAAAGCCGAGCUUACCAAACUGUCCGAGUAUGAAAGUCAAAUAGACCGACUAGCGAAGAAGCUACUAAACUGGCAAAACAAAUCAAAAGAAUUCCAAGAACAAGAGUGGGAAAUAGAAAAGCUAGUCGCUCAAGCGAAAAAGAUGGAAGUAGUUAGUGAGACUAACGAGCAAGUAAUGCGCCAAUUGAACGAGACUAUUAGCACUCAAUCGCAGAUAAUUGAUGAUCUUAAAGCCAAGUUACAGCAACAAAAGACUACCAACAAGCAGGAUGAGAGGCAGGGUUUAUGGGUCAUUGAGCGAGAAACACGUGCUGCUAGAGAAUAUGCGAAAGUGUCGCAAUCAUACGACUUGGCUCGAAAACGCAACGAAGAACUCGAGGGUACAGUACUGGAGUUGAAGGCCAAGAUUGAGAUGAUGAGUAAACCAUCACUGCCUCAACCGCCUGAAGACGAUUAA